AUGUCUGCGCCAGACGCGCCCGCACCGCCUGAAGUGCCCGCAGAAGCCAGCCAGUCGACCUCGCUGCUGGCCAAGCUCGAUGCGUGGGGGUCCUCGGCCAUGCCGUCGAUGGGCCUCGCCACGCUUGUGGCUGCCCUGCACACGCGCCCUGUCCAGCCGCUGCCGCUGCUCUUUGCGCCCGCGCUGCUCUUUGCCGGCUACGUCAACGUGGCCGGCUAUGCCGUCGAUGCGGCCGGCAUGAGCGCCGCCUGGAGCGGGCUGUACGUGCUCCUGUCGCUGCGGCGGGGCCGCGGUGGUGGCGGCGUCGGACCCGGCCUGAUCGCCCGCGCCUGGACACCGUCCUCACAGCGCACGUCCACGCGCCGCCUGCAGACACCGGCUCGUCGUGCUGUCAGCGCCGUUGCCGUGGGCCUCGCAUCCGUCAACUGUGUGGCCGGUACGGUCACAUACAGCAUCACGGGCGACCGGGCCGCUGAGGCCGAGGCGAGACGCGAACGCGACCGCUGGGGCGCUGAGAAACAAUGA